AUCCUGGAGAUGAUGAUCGCAAAUUUGAACAGUGGAAGAUGCAAAGUGAACAAUCAAUAUUCUCAAGAUGAUGAAGCUUGUGAUACUCUUAAGUGCUCUAGUUUGUAGUGCAUUGAGUGUUGAAUUGCGCCGAGAUGAAUCGUAUCCUCCGCCGGCAGUGCUGAGAGUCAUCAAAAUCGCACAUGAUGUAUGUGCGCCUAAAACAGGUGUAAAGGAAGAGCACAUCAAGGAGUUCAGCGAUGGGGAAGCCAUCGAGGAUCCUGCUCUCAAGUGCUACAUGAAUUGCCUCUUCCACGAGUUUGAAGUGGUCGAUGACACUGGCCAUGUGCACUUCGAGAAGCUCUACAAUCGCCUUCCGGCGGAGCUGAAGGAUCGAGCGAGGGCAGUUAUUGACAAAUGCUUGGAACCAGUUGGUGACGAUUUAUGCGAAAAGGCCUAUUGGCUCCACAAGUGCUGGAAAACCGAGGAUCCAUCGCACUACUUCCUGGCUUGAGGGGCAACGCGUGAACCAAAAAGACGUAUGCUCAGAACAAUUGUAGUUUUCUUAGAAUAGAGACAAAAACAUUGACAAUAAAAUAUUAGAAUAUUUCUCCUUUCA